CAGCCCAACUUUCAUAGUUGUGAUUUUGGGGUCCCUGAAUAAUUUGCCCAACUGCCUUCCAGUAGUGGACAGCAGAAAGUCAUCGGCCAAUCACCAGAUACACAAUCGCUGACUCUGCCGGCAGGGUGAGGCAGAAAUGAUCGAGUCUUCUCCGCCACUUCCACAACGAGCAUCGCCACCGCUACCGAUUCUACCCGCCAUUGAUCGAACCCUCACCCUAAUUCCAGGUCUCCCCAACGACGUCGCUGCCUUUAUCCUCUCCCUCAUCCCAUAUUCCCAUCAUGCCCGCCUCAAACCUACCUGCAGAUCGUGGAAACUCUUCCUAUUAUCCCCUACGCUAACUUCUCUACGCCGCCGCCACUGUCAUCUCUCCCACCUUCUCUGUAUAUUUCCCCAGGACCCUUCCAUUGCUUCCCCUUUCCUCUUUGACCCCCAUUCUCUUGCUUGGCGCCCUCUCCCCACUAUGCCCUGUAAUCCGCAUGUCUAUGGUCUCUGUAACUUCACCUCAAUCUCAAUUGGGCCCCACCUCUAUGUACUUGGAGGGUCCCUUUUCGACACCCGAUCGUUUCCCAUGGAUCGGCCCUCGCCCACUUCAUCGACUUUCCGUUUCAAUUUUCAUGAUUUCUCAUGGGAGCGUCUUGCCCCCAUGCUCACGCCCCGCGGCAGUUUCGCCUGCGUGGCAUUGCCUGAUUCCGACCAGAUUUUGGUGGCUGGCGGCGGGUCGAGGCAUGCAAUGUUCGGAGCUGCUGGAAGUCGAACCCGUUCUGUGGAAAGGUAUGACAUUAGUAAGGACGAGUGGGUUGCUAUGGAUGGAUUGCCAAGCUUUCGAGCCGGAUGUGUUGGUUUUCUUGUUGGGAAUGAGUUAGAGGAUAGGAGGGAGUUCUGGGUGAUGGGUGGAUACGGUGCUUCCAGAACCAUUUCGGGGAUUUUUCCCGUGGAUGAGUAUUGCAAGGAUGCAGUGGUGAUGGAAUUGAAGAAUGGAAGAGGCUGUGGCACGUGGAGAGAAGUUGGGAAUAUCUGGAGAGAAGGGGAGAGUAUGAGAUUUGGAAAAAUUGUUGUCGUCGAGGAGGAGAAUGGAAGCUGUCCAGGGGUCUUCAUGCUUGAUAGGGAUGAAAUAUUAAGAUAUGACAUGUCUUCAAAUCAUUGGCUUUCUGAGUCACGUGUACCUAGAAAAGCUCCUUGCAACUCUUCAUUUGGUUUUGUGGUAUUAUAUGGUGAGCUGUAUGUAAUGAUGAAUUUAAAUGCUGUGGAUGUGGUGGAACCACGAAGGCACAGGCGACAUAAGAGAGGAGGGAUACUGUACUUCCAAAUCUAUCAUCCUAAGAAGAAGACAUGGAGAUCGCUGGUCACAAAAUCGCCUUUUGAUUACCCUGUAGACAUUAAUACUGUUGUUUUGAGCUCAAUUAGUCUGUGAUGGCGCCUCUGAUUGAUUUGUAUGGUUCAGGAAUCUCCGCACAAAUUAUGGUGGUUCCAUAUCAUUGGAAUCGCAUGUUUCCGUGUUGAUGGCUUAUUUCUGUAUAUACAUUUUUUGUUUGGGUGAUUUCUGUACAUACAUCUUGACUCUUGAGUGAUGUGUUGUUCAUUUUUAUCAGAUGUACGUAUUAUCAGAAUUUGUGUAUAGGCUACAUAAUGUAUAAAUUGUCGCUGAAAGGAUUAAAAUUUGUAAAGGUUGAAGUAGGAAUUAUUGGAUAGAAAGAAUGUUGCUUGA